GACGAAAGCCAAGUCUGACCUCACGCGCUCAUUAGCCCUCUCUACUGUAAUGGGCGGCAAAGUAAGGUGUGCCGUCUGUCUUGACGACUUCACGAUUUCAGAGUUUCGCUUUCUGACGUGUGGGCACGGCCUUUGCGUCUCCUGCGCUGAACAUCCUGCCACGAAAACCACCUGUGCUGUCUGCCGUGAAACGAAGGGAGAUGGGCAGCGAUUCAAGGUCUUCUUCACCAUGGCAGAGACGACAAACGAGGCACAGUCGGUGACGCAGAGUCUCGACAUGAUUGGACCGCAAUCGAUGGCUAUGACCAUUCAGAAGGGCGGAAAGAAGAUUGAAAGGGUGGUUGCGUCAAUUCCGGAAGAUCAAAUCGACGAGGGAUAUGUUCAAGAACUGCUCACCGCCGCAAGGAACCUGGAUGAGCGACUGGCACCUUUGGCCUCGGAGCUGGAACUGAUGAAGAACCGGUGCAUAGAACAAGCAGAGGAAAUGGCGGAGCUCAGACGUCGCUUGCAAGAGGAGGAAACCAAAGCUGCUGAGGUACCACUCCUUCGGCAAUCGGUCGCCGCUGCAAGAAGCGACUGGCAGGUUGCGGUACAAAAAAGGACGCAAGCUACUGCGGCUCUAUCGAGGGAACGAGCUGAGAAUGCUCGUCUGCAGCAGGCGGUUCAGACGCAGGUGGCUGGAGUGAGAGCUAAGGAGGAGGAAGUCGAGAAGCUGCAGGGCAAGCUUACAAGGCGGGACAAAAGGCUGGCGUUACUGGAAAAGAAGCUCAAGGUCUUGACACGCACUAUGAAGUACCCUCGAACUGCCCCUGCCGAGGACCCGGACGACUCUCUUCAGAUAGAGAAUUCGGUAGAGAUUGUCCGCAAGCCCAAUGAUUGGAUCGACAAGCGACUAGGAGGCGGCGUCCGCAAGACAGUUCCCCUUCCAAACCAUCGGCCCACUUGACUGUCCACUACACUUCGCACUUCGCAUUCUACCACGUGUUUCUCUACUAGCCCUAGCAUUUCCUGAGAUGAAUUACCAUAUCCAGCCCGUAGGACGAGUUUGUUGUUGUUGACACUUUCCGCGAUGUAGUCACCUCCUUCAUGCCGCCCGAUGUUAACCAACCCGAGGAGCCCAAACCUCGUUCAAAAUGGCUCCCAAUCACAUUGUUUGGAGUAGGCACCAUCCUCGUCGUAGCCCCAGCAGCACUGGUCUGGCGCAUGAGGCGACACACGCGACUUCCUCUCAAUUCCCUUGAUGCACCUCCGCGUCGCACGGCCUUUGGGUCCAGUCCGACAGCACCCACCCACUCCAGCCUAAAAACCGACGCACCCGCUCGUUUUGCGUUCGCCAUCCCCGACGUCCCGCUUGCAUCAACCAACGCUGAUCUUCCUUCCACAUCGUACGCGUCCCCGAAGGACUGGGACGACGACGAUAACUGGGGUGUCCCCCCAACAAAACUGGAUCCCAACGACAAAUUCAACCCUGCGCUCCAUACCGUACGCGCAUUCGGCAUCGCGACGGCCAUUGUCGGAACACUGGCCUUUGGAGGGAUUUGGGCCUUGAGGGAGUAUCUGGGUGUGGAUAACAUGGAUGAUCUGAGCGCCGAAUUCCGGCUGGGCGUCAUGAACAGGAUGCCCAACCUGGCUGAAAAGAUGCGCAACGCUCUUCAGUUUGGUUCCUCGAGCGAAGAACCAGAUCCAGCGGCCGGUGGUGAUGAGAGGUCCCCGUGGACCUGGGAUGAAGCGCAGGAUCGGUUGGCAGCGGCUUACGACAAGGGCGGGAUAGAGGCCUGGGCCAACGUCGCGGCGCAAGAGGUCGCAAAUGAGGCGAAAUUAGAGAUGAAGCGUCGGGAAGAACUGCAGAAACGAUGAUGCUUCUAUCAGUUUUGUGUAUCAAAAGCACCACCACUCCAAUGCUCUGUUACAGUUGAGAAGGCUUCUGUACGAUAUAUUGGCCAAGUGGGUCUCGCAUUGCUCCUUUGAGUUGUGCGCGAACAGCCAUUUUACACCUCACACGCGACUGAGUGCACCAUUUGACACGGAUCGUGAAAUCUCACGGAGACAACCGGACCGGCGGCUGUCUCUGUUGCGUCACCACGUCCGUCGCAUCAGACUGAACAACUCACGAGUAACUUGCACCAUUUUGAAUCAUCCCGGGAAGAAGCAAGAUUUCGGGCUGUUCUCGUGCUCUCGAGAUCUGCUAGCCGUCGCGUCCUGAAGGUGACAUUCCCCGCCGACGACUUCUUGCGCAUAUGCCCCAUCUCUUCGAGCGGCGUCCAAUCCCCGUGUCGGCCAAGUACUGGCCUACGAGACCCUCAUCUGAUUCCGACUCGCGCGGGCACAGACGGACGGAUCUGUCGAGGCAUUCUCGCCAAAACUCUAGAUUGGACGGGACUCGCGCGGGGACGGAGUCGGAACUAUUUCGCGACUUGAGAUAGGAGCGUUGGAAAGAUAACAGCAUGCCUCGACAUUAGAUGCACGAUAUGCUCUCAUCAUCGUCCUUCUCGCCGCAUGCCCUUCUGCCAAGACGGCGCGCCGUCGCAAAGAAAGAACGCGACAUAAAAGCAGACCACGGCAAUCGCUUUCGACAGCUCACUUUGGGCCCUCUCCGAAGACAAGAUGGCAUUCAGCAAAUCUCUGACCGUUCUUGCCGCGGUGGCGGUCGCAGCUGCGAAGGGCCUAACGGUGCUGCACACGCGGACAUCAGUCCCCUCGGGCUUCGUUAACCAUGGGCCCGCGCCCGUCAACGAUCAACUGACCCUGCGCUUCGGUCUCGCGCACACUGAUGCUGCUGGGCUGCAGACCAAGCUGCAGGAGGUCUCGACGCCUGGGAACGCGAACUUCCGCCAGUGGUUGUCGAUGGAAGAGAUCAAGACUUACAUGGAGCCUUCGGCUGAGACCGUGGCGGCUUUCCAGGCUUUUGUCUCCGCCAACGGAUUGAACACAAGCAGCAUCUCUCCUAACGGCGACUGGUUCUCGAUCACUCUUCCCGUCUCGCGCGCCAAUGAAUUGUUCGAUGCCAACUUCGAGCUUUUCUCCCAUGCAAAGCUGGACACUCAGAUCGCGCGCACAAUGUCUGUCUCCCUGCCUGCCGAGAUUGUGGGCAUCGUGGAUGUGAUCCACCCGUCCACCUCAUUUGCCGAGCCCCGCAUCCGACUUGCUCCGUCGCCGAUCGAACUGAGCGGUGUGCCAGCGGAUAAGCGGGCCGUUGCCAGCUCAUGCGACACGACUGUCCCGAGCGGCAUCAUCACUCCCACCUGUCUGCAAGAGAUUUACGGCAUCCCCGCAACUCGCGCCACCUCGAAGAACAACUCGCUGUUGGUCACCGGAUACUCUUUCGAGUAUGCCCGCAAGGCAGAUCUGAAGGAUGUGACCCAGGCGUUUUUGAAAACCAACCGUCCUGACAUCUCAUCCUCGACGACAUUCGCUGUCCAGAACACCGCUGGGGGUACCAAUCCGCAGGGUGUCAACGAUGCCGGUGGCGAAGCCGACUUGGAUAUCGAGUAUACUGUCGGCGUGGCGACCGGGGUGCCGACUACCUUCCUUUCCGUGGGAGAACUCGACUUUUACACGGCGUUGCUCGACACGACAACGUAUGUCGACGGCCUUAGCAGCCCACCGACAGUCAUGACUACCUCUUAUGGUCUGGAUGAAACUGGCACCGAUCCCUCUGUGGCAAACUCGAUCUGCAAUGCUUUCAUGGCACUCGGCGCUCGUGGCAUCUCUGUUGUGUUUGCUUCCGGCGAUGGCGGCGUCCGCGGCGGCCAUGACGAUUCCACCGUCUGCAAACAAAACACGUUUAUCCCCGUUUUCCCCGCUGCCUGCCCGUACUUGACCUCAGUCGGAGCCACUCAAGGUUUCCCCGAGAAGGCCAUCAACUUCACGAGCGGCGGGUUCUCGGACAUCUUCCCUGCGCCGUCAUACCAGACUGCGCAGAUCGCGUCCUUCAUCAAGACGAUUCCGUCCAAUUUCAAGGGCAAGUUCAACCGCACGGGCCGCGGGUUCCCGGACGUCGCAGUCCAGGGCUGGAACUUCGAAGUCGUCAUCGGCGACGUGCCCCAGCUGACCGGUGGAACGAGCGCAGCCGCGCCGACGUUCGCGUCCAUCAUCGCGCUCAUCAACGACAAGCUCCUCGCAGCAGGCAAGCCCGUGCUCGGCUUCCUGAACCCGUUCCUGUAUGCCAAUCCCGGCGCGUUCAACGAUAUCACGAAGGGGCACAACUCGGGCUUUGUGUGUCCUGCUUCUUCGGUCGCUUUCGACGCUGCAGCUGGCUGGGAUCCGCUCACUGGGCUGGGAACGCCCAACUUCACGCGUCUUCUCGCCGCGGCGAUGGCUUGAGAGGAAUAUGAAUGAUACGACAGCCCUGGAGUAGAGUCCAUAUGGAAUUGAAAGGGCCUGUUACGUCCCAAAUACAUCAUGUACAAGUCCAAUAGGACUAUGCUGCAAAGAUCAACCGGUCUUCAUCGCUUAGUGCCUUGCCAGUAGUCCGGCCCGAUCAGAAAUCGGACUACAGAAUCUCUCCAGGCUUACCGCAAAAGCAUCCGUCAUCAGAUUCUGACGCGUAGAUUGCGCACGGUAAUUCUGGGCCAAUUGGAGCGGAUAUUCGGGCUCUAGAACAGCAGAACCCAG